AUGCGCACAGAUGCGUCCGCUGCAUUUAUGAAAUGGCGCCCAAGCCAAACACUCCUAGCCUGCGGUUACAUCGUGGCGGACCUCGGUCUACCUGUAGCAAUGGUCGACAAACUACUGUCUAAGGCCAAGGCUAGGACCUACGAACCUGUUUUUAAGACGGUGGGUGGGGAUGAGGACGGCGGUCUUCUUCAGCUCAAACUCUUCUUCAGUGACUGCAUCUACGGCAGCGUAGUAUAA